AUGUUGAAGUACUGUCUGACGCUGCUUCUGCUUGCUGUAUGCGCUUUGGCUGCAGACCCCACCGAACUGCAGACUCAAGUCACAUAUUUGCCUGAAGAAUGUUCUACAAAAGCGCAGACUGGAGACGCCAUUAAAGUGCACUAUACCGGUACACUGUUCGCCAACGGAAACAAAUUUGACUCGAGUCUCGAUCGGGGUUCACCUUUGGCCAUCAAACUCGGUGUUGGCCAAGUCAUCAAGGGCUGGGACGAGGGCUUGCAAGGAAUGUGUCUCAAUGAGAAACGUGUGUUGACCAUUCCAGCUAAGAUGGCGUACGGUACACGUGGGUUUGGCUCAGUUAUUCCUCCAAAUUCUGCUCUCGUCUUCGACGUCGAGCUCGUUGGCCUGGAGAAGAAGCACGAUGAACUCUAG